GCUGGACGCUCUCCACCUGCCUCGACCGCACCUUGUCUUUUCCCCUCAUCUCCCCUCCUACCUUUGCCCACCAUCUGCCGGACUACCUUCCAUGACGAGUUAUGACCACUGCAUAGACGAAGUCUACGAGGCCUACCGCCGCCUCACCCAUGAUCAACUCGUCCUCUUCCUCAAAAUUCGGAGCCUUCCGCAGAAGGGUACGGACGACGAGCUCGCCGUCAGACUCGCGCAAAAUGACAUACACACAUAUCGUGUCUAUCCAACCACAAAUGGGGCGGCUACGAACGGGGUAGCAAGCCCAAUAUGCUCGCCAUCGCCUCUGGAAGCCCCGAAACCGCGUCCGAAGCAAGGCAAAGCCCCGGACCUGCCCGUGGAGAUUCUAGCAGAGAUCAUGGACAAAGUGGGAGACUGGGAACUGGCGAAGGCGGUGGGUGUACCAACAUCGCUCCCCGAACCUCAGGAGUGGCAUCGCGCCAGUCCGUCCGACCACGCUAUUCUGACCGGGUACCUCCCCGUCGUACGCUCUGUCAACCCUGCGGCCCAGUCCCCGACGAAACUGGGGGCUAGUCUUGCCGUGCGGUUUUCGUACGUACAUGUCCUCGAGUACUUUUUCACGCAACACCGCUCGAUCUUCUUGCACGUGUACAAGAACGAUCUGCUGCCGAUUAAGGCCUCGCUACACGGCCGCGUUGCGGUCCUUUCGUGGUGGAAGCGUGCACACGAGCAGUACCCCGACGUAAUACCACUCCCCUCGCCGACUCACGUCGCGGAAGCCAUCGACGCCGCGUCGCGCAACGGGCAGGUUGCCUCUCUCGACUGGUGGCUGCACUCGGGCAUCCCGCUCGAGUACACCGAAGCCGCGCUAGAGUACGCGAGCGCGAAAAACCAGCUCGCCGUGCUCGCCUGGUGGAAGCAGCAGGCGACGUCACCCGAGCACCGACUGCCACUGAAGAUCGGGCGCGUCAUGGACCUGGCGAGCACGGCGGGUCACGUCGAUGUGCUAGAGUGGUGGGCGCGCUCGCAGCUCGACUUCAAGUACGACAAGCAGGCGCUGUACCACGCGGGCUGUCACGGCAAGGUCGAGGUUCUCCAGUGGUGGCUCGGGAGCGGGCUCCAGCUCAUCUUCGACUCGGACGCGCUCACGGGCGCGACGCGGCACAACCGCCCGGACGUGCUCGAAUGGUGGGACCAGAGCGGGUUGCCGAUACAGUACCGGAUGUGCGACAUCGAGGAGGCGCUCGAGGACGCGAUUGGUGGGGGUGAGGCGGCGCGGAUGUGGUGGCGCCAAAAAGGCAUCGACUUUAACGCGAACGACACGGAAUGGAUGAAGCUGCAGAACCUCAAUUAGCAGGGAGGGACGUGUGGGCCGGCUGCGAACGCUUUUUGUAUGGUAUUGCUAAUCACGCUGACAAUGCGUCUUGUUUUGCCUGCCUUAACUGUAUUGCAUACACGUAGAGUUGCUUCUGCUACGUUUGUCGUAUCUUCAUCCGCACAUCAUGUAUUACCAGCCAUUCCCGCAUAUUUUCAUAUCGUAUUUUCUCGCGCAUUUGGUGACAUCUUGGCGUUGAUUGACGAGCAGAAGCUGAGGACGCCUUGGUCAUUCGU